AUGGGCGGUCAGAUCCUUGAGCCCCCUGCCAAUGGAACAUCCAUGACGAGCACCAUGUCGCCCGCAACCUUCCUUAGAGAGCAACAUACCCGUGAAGACUCUCACAAGGUCACCGUCGAAGACGUCCCCGAUGAGUAUGACAUCCAGCAUCCAUUGCCGUCUGCUUCUGCCGCGCCAGCCCCUGCGGCGUCACCAAUAUGCAGCGUUAGUGCCCAUAACACUGUUGCCCAUUCCGAGAAACCGUCUCCAGACACGGUACCCUUUUCGGCUCCCAUCAAAACCGCUUCUCAGGAGAGCCCAAUUUUUGAUGUGCAAUCCGAAGAGCUGUUCCCUGCAUUGGGUGGAGCAUCGAACUUGCGCCCGCCUCCAAUCGUUCCAACGGCUUGGGGUGCGGGUAAAUUGCCUGGCCGGAAUUUAGCUAUGGCUAACAGCUCAUCCAACGGGGCACAAUUGUCAUCACAUUUGUCAAGUGCUUCUUCUUCACGAAUGCUGACACCAAUUCCCGGUUUAGCUACAUCCAGUUCCUUGAAUCCUGCGUCAGGGGCUCCUAAGAUCAUGAGCAUGCCAGGCAAACAUGUCGAGCGGAUUCGUUUCGCUCCUUCGCAGAUGCUCCCACGGAGCCAGUUGAAAAAACCUAUUAGGGAUAUCCUUCGGGAUACCAGUAGAAGAUUCAAGGCAGUUGUGGAUAUGUAUAACGGCCCUGAGGAAUCGAUAAUUUUCGAAGGCAAGGGAUCCGUGGACGCUGUACGCCAGGCACUCAAGGAAGUUGCCCAACAAGUGGGUUCCAAACAAUCUGUGUGUGUUCCAAUUCCAGCGUCCGCAAGGCCUCAUAUCAUUGGUCGGCAAGGCGCAGUUGUGCAGGGCAUCCAUGACCGAACUGGUGCUCGAAUCAAUGUUGCUAGGCCAGGAGAGCCAUCUCUCGCAGAGGAUGACGACGACAGUGUUACUAUAGAUGUUCGCAUUGAGGGUGAUGCGGUGGCUGCAGAGAUGGCGAGAAGAGAGAUAGAGUCAAUUUUAAAGGAAAGGUCGUUGAAUAUCACCUUACGGCUUAGAAAUAUUUCUCCUGAACUUUUCCCUUUCAUUGCUGGUGCCCACAACGUACAUUUGAACCAGCUUGAAGAGCGCACGAAAGCACGGAUCAAAAUCCCGCACUAUGAUACGUGGUCGCGACCUCCUCCAUCUGAGGCCGCUGCUGGCCAAGUCAAAUUUUCCCCUGAUCCUGACAAACACAUUCAAAUUUCUGGUGAACGAAGUGCUGCACAAGACGCCCGCGCCGAGAUUGAGAGGAUUGCUGAGGAAUUACAUCGACAAAUCACAGUUCGACAGCUGGCCAUCAAUCGAGGACAGCAUCAGUUUGUUUUGGGAAAUAUGAAUCGUUCAUUGCAUGAUUUCUUAGCUCAGACUGGCUGCUCGAUCGUGCUGCCACCCGCAAACGAUGAUACAGAAUUUUUGACUAUCAUAGGGCCUCCCGUGCAAAUCGAAUUCGGAAUUAAUCGUGUCAUGGACCUGGCCACCAGCAUGCAAAUGGCCAGUAUUGAUAUAUCCAGGCAGCACCCUGCAGCGCCUUCUGGUCCGCAUGUACACGCCCGAGCUCUUACUUCCUACCUAAUGCAACGACAAGCUAUUAAUAAGCUCGAGAGGCAAUAUGAUGCACAUAUUGUUUUGCCCCCCGCGUCAGAUGGCCCUGUUACUUGGGAAGUGUACUCAAGAGAUGGAAAGAACACCAUCCGCGCACGAUCCGAUAUUAUAAACCUAAUACAGGCUCAUCCGCCCUCUAAAAUUGCACCAUUGCUCAUUGAUCCAUAUUUUCAUUCCCAUCUUCGCUCUCGUGUUGGUCCCCAACUGAAGGACAGGUUUGGUGUGCAUUUAGUUCUGCCAGAAGACCCGGAUAGCUCAACCGUUGUACUCGUAUAUGAGGGACACGUUUCCGUUAAGAUACAGCUCCGUGGCCGUGCUUGCGAGGUCGAAGAACUCUCAUCUGAAAUUGAGAUCUUCGUUCUGGAACAACAAAAGGACGAUUUGGAGAGGGGUUACACACUCUCUUUUGAGUUCCCACAAAAGUAUGCGAAUAUCUUGAUCGGUAAAAGAGGCGAAAAUAUCAACAACCUCCGAGAGGAAUUUGACGUUGACAUCAAGGUGGAAAACGGUAUAGUGGAGAUCAGGGGUCCGAAAGUCAAAGCAAAUAAUUGCCGAGCCCGGAUUACUGCCCUGGGCAAAAAGUUAGAUGAUGAGACUACAUAUGUGUUGAAAAUCCCCCAACAGUAUCAUCGCGAUUUGAUUGGACAAAAGGGCAGCCAAGUCAACCGUCUGGAGGAGCGGUAUAAUGUUCGAAUUCAGUUUCCUCGAGUCACUCGCCUUCUUUCCGCCGACGGCCAAUCCCUAGUCGAAACUGCAAGUCAAAAUGGGCACAACCGAAGCAUUCGUCCUGCACAGGCCCAUGACGAAGUUGUCAUUCGAGGUCCUCGUAAAGGUGCGGAUGAAGCUCGAGGAGAAAUUCUUAGCCUCUACCAGUGGGUCAUGGACCACUCACAUUCGGAUUUUGUGUCUGUCGCACAGAACCAAAUUCCUAUGUUAAUCGGCCAAAAAGGUCGCGAAAUGGAUAGACUUCGAGCAGAUACCGGUGCUCAGAUUGAUGUGCCUAGCGCGAAUGACGCUCCUGAUGCCGUUGGAAGGGUGACUAUUAAACUGAAAGGGACAACAAAACAAGUUGCGGACGCCAAGAAAUUAUUGCUCCAGAGAGUCCAGGAUUUCGAUUCAACCGUUGUCAAAACCAUCGAUGUGGAUAAGAAGCACCACAAGGCGCUGAUCGGUGGUGGUGUAGGAGCCACUAUUCGCAAGAUUAUAAGCGAUGCUGGUGGGCCGAGCGAUGGGAGUGCAGCCAGAAUGGUGAAAUUUCCCUCCCCAACGAGCCCUGAUUCUAUUAUUCGCCUAGAAGGAAAUUCUGCGGUUGUACAAAGAAUCAUUGCGGCAAUCGAAGACUUUGUCCGAGAGAAGGAUGACCAGAUAAUAGCAUCUAUUGACAUACCCCAGGCGCAACAUCGAUUUUUAAUUGGCCGGGGCGGAGAGGCUCGACGGAAUAUAGAGAGCCAGUUCAAGAUAGUUCUUGAUAUUCCAAAACAUGAGUCUGGGCGCACCGACAUUAACAUUAGAGGCUCAAGCGGUGCAGUCCAGGAGGCAAAAGCCUACAUUCAAUCUCUCGUCGAAGAGCAGCAUGCUGAUAGCAUUUUGGUUCCAGGAAGUUUGCAUCAUAUCAUUGCUGAGAACGGUGCCUUGUUCCGCCGACUUCGAAAGGGAUAUCAAGUCAGCGUUGAUCAUGCUGGACACCACAUCCCACCCCGUCCUGACCCAUCAGACAUCCGCAAUGAAAUCAACGGCCAGGAUUCUCCUCUUCCCCUGAUAACUGAUGGCGCUUCCACCAACCCUACCACGCAUUCCUGGAAGAUGGUGGAUCUGAACCCGACCGAAUCAGCUGAUUUACCUUCGGCAAAGGGAAUUCCUUGGGUUUUCUCGGGCACACCAGAGAAUGUCGCCAAGGCGAAAUCAAUUGUUGAAAUGUCUCUCCAGACGGCCUCGCAGAAUUUUGCCACCGGAUAUCUAAUUCUCCCAGACCCGAAAAAUUAUCAAUUCGUUAUAGGACCAGGUGGCAGCACAAUCAACGAGAUUCGCAAACAAACGAACUGUAGGAUCAAUGUACCAAAGAACCAGGCUCGAGGCGAGGCUAUUCAGAUCAAGGGCCCACGGACUAGUUUGAAUGUAGCUAAGGACAUGAUCUUGAAGGCGAGGAAUGUGUUAUGUGACCCACUAGUCCGCAAUAGGAAGCCGACGCUCGCCAUGCGGUUACUUGUGCAAGGUUAUCCGAUCGCAAACUGA